AGCAGGGUCAGUAAAAGCUGGCGGGAGUCUGCGCAGUAAGACAAGACGAACAUAAAUUAUAAUAAUAAAACAAACAAAACAAUAAAUAAAAACACAAAUGAGCAUAAAUGUGUUUAUUCAUGUUUACAGUCUCAACCAGCGGAACCAAACAGCGGAGCGACCGGAAGACAGGUCAGGGGGAAGAAUAUAGAGAGCGGACCGGCGCUUGGUUUGUUUGUUAGCAUUAGCAUUAGCUGCACCUACAGACUGACUACAGACUGACUACAGACUGACGGCCUACAGACGGUCUGGUCCUACAGACUGACUCCUUAUUAAACCCGGCUGUGGUUCACCCGGAACGUUUGUACCGGAACCCUGUCGGAGUUCGGGGACGGGGACACGGUCCCGCCGCACAGCCUGCUGGGUAAUAUGUUAACGACAGACCUGCGUUGAUUGGAGCUCCGCGGCGCGAGGAGCGGAAGAGUUUAUCCACAAAUAAAUAAUCCAGGUAUUAAAACACGUGAGAGAAGAAGAAGAAGAGCAGAGACCCCCGCGAGACUGAAGACAUGUCUGUCUCUCUGUCAGUAGAGAGAGACAGGAUCCAGCGACAGGUGGAGAGGCUGGAACAGAGUCUGUCUGCAACACACAGUGAACUGGAGCUGCUGAGCAGUGAGACAGAUGACCAAUCAGACGCUGGCAGUGAGGAAGAGGAGGGGCAGACGGCGGCAGGUCUGCUGGCUCAGAGAGACAAGAUCCAGUCAGAGAUCCAGAACCUGGAGAGCUUCCUGGGACCACAUAGUCCUGUCUGUGUGUCAGCAGAUGAUGACGUCAGCAGCAGUGAUGAGAGUGAUCUGGGUCUGUCUCUGUCAGUGGAUUCCUGUCUACAGAUGAACCUGGUCUACCAGCAGGUCAUUCAAGAGACGCUGAACCAGCUGGAGACGCUACUGACACACAACCACAGACAGCAGAAGGAGCUUCUGUCUCAGUUGUCUGGACCAAUCAAAGAGUCUUCCAGGGAACAGCCCGCCCCCACCUCCUACCAGCAGCCAAUCAGCAUGUACCUGGGUCGCUUCCUCAAACCCUACUUCAAGGACAAGCUGACAGGACUGGGUCCUCCAGCCAAUCAGGAGACAAAGGAGAAGGCGAGCAGGAUGACGGGCUGUUUCGACGACAAGACGCUGAAAGUUAAACGAUGGGAAAGCUGGCAGAAGAACCUGCUGAUCCACUCAGUGACCAGAGACAGUCUGAGGAGACUCAUCCAGCCCAAACUCUCCAAGGUGGACUACCUGAGUCAGAAGCUGGCGUCGGCAGAGCAGACAGACAGGCAGCAGCUGAGGCAGCAGAUAGACAGUCUGGAGAGAGACAUCGACCUGCUCAGAGGGAAGAAGGAGGAGGAGCUGAUCGGUGAUCGAUAUGAAGAUCAUGACUGGCAGAAAAUCUCUAAUAUUGAUUUUGAAGGAACGAGGGAAGCGGAGGACCUUCGUUGUUUCUGGCAGAACUUCUUACAUCCGUCGGUGAAUAAGAGUCGGUGGAGUCAGGAGGAGGUGCAGCAGCUGAAGGAGGUCAGCAGGAGACAUGAGGAGAGACAGUGGGAGAGCAUCGCCCAGCAGCUGGGGACCGGGAGGACGGCCUUCAUGUGUCUUCAGACCUUCCAGCGGUUCGUCUCAGACUCAUUGAGACGCAGCAGUUGGAAUGCAUUUGAGGACAAUCUGCUCAGAGAGCUGGUGGACAAGAUGAGGAUCGGAAACUUCAUCCCCUACACGCAGAUGAGUUACUUCAUGGAGGGUCGUGACCCUGCCCAGCUGAUCUACAGGUGGAACCAGGUUUUGGACCCGAGCCUGAAGAAAGGACCAUGGACCAAAGAGGAGGACCAGCUAUUGCUGCGGGCCGUCUCUCGUCAUGGGGAGAAGAACUGGUGGAAGAUCAGGUUGGAGGUUCCUGGACGCACUGACAGCGCCUGCAGAGACAGGUAUCACGACUGUUUGAAGGAGGGAACAAAGAGAGGAGGCUUUGACAAGGAUGAGCGAGAGCUGUUGUUGCAGCUGGUGGAGAAACAUGGAGUCGGCCACUGGGCGAAGAUCGCCGCUGAGAUUCCAAACCGAUUUGAUGCUCAGUGUCUGAGAGAGUGGAGGAAGCUGACAAGACCACCACCACCACCUGCUCAGAAAAGAAACAAAGCUAAAAGCCAAUCAAAGAGUCAAGAAGGGGCGAAGAAGAAGACGACGAAUGCCGAGAGGAACAUCAAGAGGCGACUGAUGAAAAUAAAGGAGGAGAGCAGUGAGGAGGAGGAGGAGAUGGCGGUGGAGUACAUGGACAGUGAUGACGAGGAGAAGGAGAAGAGGAAGAAGAAGAAGAAGAUGAAAAAAGAAGUAGUGGAGGUGGAGAGGAUCGAAGAGGUGGAGAAGGAGGAAGAGCAGUACACCUUCCCCCCCAUGCAGGAGUGGAUUCCAGCAGAAAAAGCUCAAUGUUUCACCUUCCUGAGCUUUCGGCCAGUGGCACUUCAGUCCCCUGGAAGCGCCCAUUGCGGGGAAUCCGUCAGGUCAACCAUCCUGGGCCGGUUCGGACGCUCCGUGAUCAUUGGUCCAAAUCCUCGAGUGUUGCAAUGGGAGGAGCGUCACGACAGCAACACCAUGAUGAUGGUGUCUCCUGAGCAGCUGCGAGCUCACCUGUGCAACCAGGCGAACAACUUAAAAAACCAGAGCACUGGCUCCACCCACAGGAAGUCACAGACAGGUAAACAGAACCGCCUGGGCCGGGUGACGGACACGGGUCUGGGCUACGAGCUGCAGGCUGCUGUGACGCCAUGGAUCGGUAACCUGCUGAUCCCGGCGAAAACCAGACUAACAGCAGCCGAUGCCCUGAGAGAGCGCGGGGAGAAGGUCCGGCUGCCCUCCACCCCCAUCUUCCUGCUCCUCCUGCAGACCAUGAAUGUGGACACCAUGGGCUGCAAGGAGAUUAUAGAGCAGAGGAAGAGCAAGGUGGUGAUGCUGACUCCGUCCCCGAACCUGUCCUCCAUCCAGAUGAAGAACCCAAAGAAAGUUGCAGGAAUGCUGCAGCAGAGGAGGACCAUGAGAAAGGAGCUGCAGGACUUGGACCAUCAGCACAAACUGAUCUUGGAGCAGCUGCAGGCGCUGCAGCAUCAGAAGGUCCGACCGCAGCAGCAGCUUGUACUGCUGCAGCCAUCUCCACUUCCUCCUCGCUCCCCAUGUACGCCUCCACAGAAUCGUCCCGGCUUUCUAAUUCAGACGCCUCCUAACAUGCGUCCGCAGAUGUCUCCUUUGUCAUUUCCUCGCGCCGUCCUCCUGCCUCGUCCUGUCCUUCAACCUCAGCGACCUUGUGCUGCCGCCACCCAGCUUGUCCCCGCCUCCUCUCUUACCACGCCCCCUCCAGCUCCAAACAGACCUCCUCCUGGGGGGGUCGUCUCCUCUCCGUCACCUGCUGACCCUCCCGUUUCUGUGGUCCCGAUGCCCCUGAAGGCCACAUCUGUCUCUUUCUGCCAACAGGCCGGACCUUCCACUCAAACCCUCAAAACAGCCCUGCUCCCUCCCUCGAACCAGCCUGUUUCUAUUGGCUCUACAACGGCCAAUCAGCUUGCUGUUCCCUCCUCCCUGACCAUGCCCCUUCCAGCUCCUCACAGACCUCCUGGGGGGGUCGUCUCCUCUGCAUCACCUGCUGCCUCUCCUGUCUCUUUGUUCCUGAUGCCCCUGAAUGCCACAUCUGCCUCUUUCCACCAACAGACUGGACCUUCUACUCAAACCCUCAAAACAGCCCUGCUCCCUUCCUCCAAUCAGCCUGUUUCUAUUGGUUCUACAGCAGCCAAUCAGCUUGCUGUUCCCUCCUCCCUGACCAUGCCCCCUCCAGCUCCCCCUGCGGGGGUCACCUCCCUUCCUCCCACCAAAACUAAAGCUACUUCACCCAUACCUCCUUCAGAAUCUACAGCUCCUCCUCUUCUUACACCAAAUGUCUCGCCUGUCUCUGUGGACUCAGCUACCUGUCCUCAGGUGUCCUCGACUCAAAACCUCAGUUUAGCCCCACCCACCUCCAUGCCAACCAAUCAGCACACUGCAUCCUCCACAUCAAGCCUACCUGCUCCUUUCCCUUGUGACCAUGACUAUACCUUCAUUAACCCUUACUCUACCCCAUUCCAACCAAGCCCCACCCCUUGUCUGCCUGACUCCGCCCCCAAUCAGCCUCUCAAAGCUCCACCCAGGAGGAGGAAACAAGGGAAGAAACGAGGGAGGAGGGAGGAGCAGCAGAGCAGGACAGUAGACAGCACGGACAGAGCUGCCGUAGGUGUGAUCCAGAAGGGAAGGAGAGUUCAGAAACCGAGUCAGAAAGUCAAAGCUCUGCAUGAAGCUACUGAAGCCAAGGUAACACCUCCUCCUAUUGACUCCGCUCCCGACCAGCCUCUCAAAGCUCCGCCCAGAGGGAGGAAACGAGGGAGGGGGGAGGAGCAGCACUGCGGGACGGGUGACAGCGUGGACGCAGCUUCUAUAGGUGUGGUCCAGAACAGAAAGAGAGUUCGGAAACUGAGUCAGAAAGCCAAAGCUCUGCAGGAAGCUACCGAAGCCAAGGCUGAAGCGAAGAAGAGAGCUUCCUCUUCUCCUCGUCAUAAGAAGCACUGCCGUGCGUCUCCCUGUAAGGAGGACGGCGCCCUCCAGCAGCAGUCGGUGACCCAGCUCCCCGGGAUGUGUUUACUUCCUAGUCAGUCGAUGUGGGUCAUGACUCCAGGUGGACUGGUCCAAGUAGCGUUGGUGCCGAACACCCCCCGUCCAGCUCCACCUAGGAAUGUUUUAACCCUCCAGCCGGCUGCGCCUCCUCUGCGCCUCCCAGCCGGUGCUCCUCCUCCCGCCUCCAUGUCCGUCUCCGUAAACCUCCCUCAUCUGAAUCCACCACAUCUUCUUCCUGCCCUGCCCAAGUUUCCCUCCAAGCCCCUCCCCCCUGCCUUGUUCCUUGAACCCAUCCCCCGAGGACCAAACCCCGCCUCCUGCUCCGUGCCCUCCUGCCCCCCUCUGCCUCCCCCCAAACUCUUCCUGCCCUACAAAGGCACUGUCAGAGCAGACCCAGCAGCACCUCCUCCCCUCAGGCGGGAGGCGCUGCAGUUCGACCCCUCCCUCAUGUUCCUGGAGCCACGAUCGGAGGUGCGUGAUUGGCUGAGCGGUAGGGGAGGGGUGGUGGUACCUGGACUGGGCGUGUCUCUGCCCUACCUGCCUCCUUUCGUCAGCAGUCUGAGCACGCUCAGUGCGCUGCUGCGGGCCAAGAAGUCCCUGACCAAGUCAUCCCUGCAGCUGCUGAGUCGCUACGGCGAACCCCGACACCCCCCCACCGAAUCUGACGCCAGGAACACCUGCAGCCCGCCACCGCCAGACCUGCCAGACUCCACCUCUGACCCGAGACCAGCCGGGGACAAGCCAGCUCCCGCUGUCAGCGCCGACCCCCCACCAGAGGAGGAGGCGGAGCUUGUGGUGACGGUACGUCAGCUGGUGACGGAGCGUUUUGCAGAAAACCCCGCCUACCAGCUGCUGAAGGCCCGCUUCCUGUCCUGCUUCACUGUCCCAGCCCUCCUCGCCACCGUGCAGCCAAUCCCAGAGAAGACUGUUACCCGUCCAGCCAACGAGGAGGUGGAGGAGGAAGAGACGGAGGAGGAGGAGGAGGAGGAGGAAGAGGAGGAAGAGGAGGAGGGGCUGAAAAGAAUCAAAGAAAGAGGAAAAAAGAGGAGAGCAGAGAAAUCUCUGCUGCUGUGUGACGGGUCAGGAGCUCCAGCCAAUCACUUCUCAGGAAUCACCAGCACCAACAAGACCGGAUCAGAUCAGACCUGAACAGACCAGAUCAGACCUGAACAGACCUGAACAGACCUGAACAGACCUGAACAGACCAGAACA